UCGAUGAAAGUAAUACGGAAUCUAUGAUCAGUGAUGGCAGUGCUCUUGUGCGUGUGGGUGUUUGCGGCUAGGUGAAACAUGAAUAGUUUGGCCAUCCCCCAAAAGUCAUUAGUUCGUCAGUGGAAAAAUAUUGCAAAAGGAUGCUGUGGUUGUCAUCAGCGAAAUGUGAUUGCGAAACAUCCAACGGUACGAUUAGCUCCAUUACUAUUAACACAGAAACACUGUUACACAACGAAUAUACAGUGGUUACUGCCCGAAAUAAUACGGACUAGCUCUCUCGCUUACGUACAAACGAAUACUAGAGGUAAAUUCAGUUCCGGCUAUGUUGCCGGAACAAAUAGACCUCACAGUGCUGUUUUUGUGAGAAGAUUCUAUGCCGGCCCGAUUCUUCGGAAAGAAGCGCCCCUAAAACCAUCGUCAAAGGUAGAAGAAACGGUUCAAGCAAUAAAGAGUAAACUAAAGGAGGGAGAGAAGCCACCAGAUGCUCCAGUGCCAGUGAAAGUUAAGAAAACUAUAAGACAGAGGAUAGUGGAUGAAGUCCUUCAUUAUUACCACGGAUUCAGAUUACUGUUUAUUGACAUUAAAAUAUCUCUGAAACUGUCAUGGAGAAUUUUGCAGGGCAAGAGUUUAACGAGACGGGAACAUAGGCUUUUGGUGAGAACCGUGUCAGAUUUAUUUCGACUGGUCCCAUUUUCAGUAUUCAUCAUUGUACCCUUUAUGGAGCUGUUAUUACCAGUGGCAAUAAAAUUAUUUCCUGGAAUGCUACCAUCAACAUUUCAAACUGCAAGAGAGAAGGAGGAUAAAAUGAAACAAGCAUUGAAAGUGAAGCUUGAAAUGGCAAAAUUUCUUCAGAAAACGCUGGAUGACAUGGCUGUUCAAGGAAAGGGUCACAAGUCUGAAAGAGCUAAAGAAUUCCAUGACUUCUUUGUAAAGGUCCGGACAUCUGGUGAACAGGCCACAAAUGAGGAAAUAAUGAAAUUUUCAAAGCUCUUUGAGGAUGAAAUAACAUUAGACUCGUUGUCACGGGCUCAGCUGACUGCUCUGUGUAGAGUACUUGAGAUACAGCCAAUAGGAACCAACAAUUUUCUUAGGUUUCAGCUCAGAAUGAGACUCCGAAGUUUGGCAGCUGAUGACAAGGUUAUUCAAAAAGAGGGAAUAGACUCCUUGAGUCUUGCAGAACUACAACAAGCUUGCCGUGCCCGUGGAAUGAGAGCAUAUGGUAUGUCAGAAGAGCGCAUGAAAUUACAGUUAGCUCAGUGGUUGGAUUUGAGCCUGAACAAGAAAGUACCUCCAUCGCUAUUGUUGCUGUCCCGUGCUCUUCUGUUGCCUGAUACAAUACCCACAAGUGAUCAGCUAAAGGCGACAAUAUCAUCUUUGCCAGAUACUUUGGUAACACAAACUGAAGCAGCAAUUGGUGAACGUGAAGGCAAGAUAGACAACAAAAUGAAGAUAGAAGUAAUUAGAGAAGAAGAGCGCAAAAUAAAGGAGGAAAGGCAAGAGAUGAGAGAAGAAUUGAAGAAAACAGAUUCUGUCAAGAAAGAAACUGAAGAAAUUUGUGACAAAGCUCCUGUUAUGACAUGUGACACGGGUGUCAUUGAGAUCCCUGCUGUUGAUGUCUGCACAAAAGAAGGAUUGAAGAAAGAAGAACUGAGUUCCAUUGAUUUUGAGAAGCUAGAAGAUGCUUUAGACAGCAUUGGAAAAGAAAAGAAGAAGUUGCUCGUAGAAAAGGAGGAACUUGAUGACCUCAAGGAAGAACUGGCUGAGUAUCAAGAGGAUGUUGAUGAACUGCGACAAGUAGUAAAGUCAGCCCAUGUGUCAAAAGCGGAGCUUAAAGAAACUAAAGCUGCAAAACGCCUUUUCAAUAAAGUAAAUAACAUGAUCAACAAAAUGGACUGCGUGCUGCAGGAACUUGAACGUGAAGAACAACAACUCAAAAAAGAUCUUGAAGCUAAAGAAGAGUUGGAGGAAAAGGAAUCAAAACAAAAAACGGAGCAGCUGGUAAGCAUAGAAGAAUUAAUUAGUGCAAUCAGGCAGAUCCAGAAAGUUCCUGAUGAUUCAUUUAUUGAACAAAUAUCAGAAGUGUUAGCAAAAAUUGAUGCUGAUCGUGAUGGUUCACUUCGUGUAGAUGAUGUGCUUAAGGUGAUUGAGUUAGUUGCUGCAGAAAAUGUUAAGCUCAACAAAAAGCAGAUUGAUGAAAUUGUAGAAUUAAUAAAGAAGGAAGAAUUAAUUGAAUUGGAGGAGCAGAUGGGGAAAGUGUUAGAGAAAGGUGCCACACGUCGCACAGCAACGCAGGCAGGUGAACCUUGUCCAGAUAAUGUGAAUAAACAAUCAUGUGAAGUGCCUGCUGCUGCAGUCACUGCAUCCAAAGCACCUGGCACAGAUAAAAACUGUAAAAAGCUGUAGUAUUUAAAUUUAAAUUCAUUUUAAUACUUGUAAGUAUAAUUUAUUUUUUAAUUUAUACAAUUCUUAUUGUUGGAACAAGUGCAGUGUUCGGCUUUUCAUAUUAUAUUUUUUGUAUAGAUGUAAAUAAUUGUGUAAGAUUUUUCUGUAACUCAGUGCAGUUCACUUUUAACUCUGUAUGUCUCCAUCAGAUAUUCAUUACAAGAGUGUACCUGAGAUAAUAGUAAAUAUUAGAAUGGGAUCAAGUUCCAUCAUCAAGUAUUAAUAGCUCCUUUGUGAGCACUAUGUACCAAAUGAACUUACAUUAAAUUUUUGUGGAAAGUAUUUAAUUUCAGUGCUAUAAUGUAUUCAAUAAUGAGUGCUGGCUAAAUUUGUUUAGUUCUUCUUGUUUUAAUUGAGCGAAUACAGCUGCAGACUUUCACAAGUUGUAAACAUUCCAGUCCAUUAACCUGAUAAUUUUCGGUAUCUUACUUUCAUUCUAACAGAACUUUGCUGGUGUAAGGAGCAGGGAAAAUUUAAUAAAAAGGUCACAUGUGAUGUAUAUAUGGUAUAACAGUUAA